GUGAUCGCGCCCUUGGCACUUCCUAAGAGAUUCUCAGUUCUUUCUCCGCAGCUGCCACUUGAAGACUCCAUGCUUUCCUUCCUGAGCAAAGAAGCCGUCUAUCUAAAUCAGUUGUGCUCUCCACGUUCCUCGUCUCCCCCUACGCCAGCCGCCACCUCCACCCCUUCCAUUGUGUUGUGCGUUUAGCUCCGCUUCCUGCGGAAGACCCUAACUUCAUUUGUAGGAAAGAUUACUGAGAAUUUCGGAACCUCGACUUGCAAUGGAGCUAUACGGAAAGAUGGCCUCUGCCCAAGAUGCCAGGUAUGGCCAGAAAGACUCCUCUGAUCAGAACUUUGACUACAUGUUCAAAUUGCUCAUCAUUGGCAAUAGCAGUGUGGGGAAAACAUCUUUCCUCUUCCGUUAUGCGGAUGACUCCUUUACAUCUGCAUUUGUCAGCACAGUCGGGAUCGAUUUCAAAGUGAAAACUGUAUUCAAAAAUGAAAAGAGAAUCAAGCUUCAGAUUUGGGACACAGCAGGCCAGGAAAGAUACAGAACUAUCACCACAGCCUAUUAUCGAGGGGCCAUGGGCUUUAUCUUAAUGUAUGACAUCACAAAUGAAGAAUCCUUCAAUGCAGUACAGGACUGGUCAACUCAGAUCAAAACAUACUCUUGGGAUAACGCCCAAGUUAUCCUGGUUGGGAACAAAUGUGACAUGGAAGACGAGCGGGUCAUCUCAACGGAGAGAGGCCAACAUUUAGGAGAGCAGCUUGGGUUUGAGUUUUUUGAAACCAGUGCCAAGGAUAACAUUAAUGUCAAGCAGACAUUUGAACGCCUUGUGGAUAUCAUCUGUGACAAAAUGUCAGAGAGUUUGGAGACUGAUCCGACCAUCACUGCUGCAAAGCAGAACACAAGACUCAAGGAAACCCCUCCUCCACCACAGCCCAACUGUGGCUGUUAAUGUCCUCACACACACAGGCAGCGAGCUCUAGGGGGCGUGGUUACCAACAAACAGCAUUUAUAAGUGGUCAGUGAGCCUUCAUUUAUACUGCCUACUAAUUAUUUGAGGGAAAUCUUAGAUGCCAAUGGCUAGUAUAUGCAUUGAAUUCCUGGGAGAUUCCCUGUGUUAAUAUGUGGCAAAUAUGUGAUCUUAAAUUUGUAAGGACUGUCCAUGUAUACACAUCUGGUAUUUGCAUGUGAUUUGUUAUUUGUCUUCUAGGCUCUUUAUGUUUCAGAUUUCUUCUCAGAUCAAGCUACUUCUGGGACUUCAGACGAUAAUUUUACUACAACUGACUUUUGUGCCACUGGUUCCAAUUAUGUGAUUCACCUGUAGGGAUGAUAACCAAGGAAUUGUUUGUACUGGGAUGGGGAAGACACAGAGAGGUCUCAGGAGACCUUAUUUGCUUUACUCUUAAUGGAAAAUCAAGUGGAAAUAUUACUCAUAUUUCCUGAAUAAAUGACCAGUUUUCUGGUCAGUUUACUGUUCAGAAAAUAUGUCUAUUUUUCAGUGUCAUUAAUAACUGAGGGUACAAUUGACUAUAAAAAAUUGAAAUGUUGUGGUUCAGGCCUUUGCAAGUUUCUAAGAAGUUAAUAUAUACCCGAAAGUAACUAGAUUUAAUCAAUCUUAGUUUAUGUUUAAAUAAGGACUACACUAACCCAACAUUGCUCUUUCCACUGAUUCUACCGAACAUUCUGAAUAUUUGAGGCACUGACGAACUGAGAGGUACCUGCUGAAUGUUGUGCAAUAAGCAUUUUGACCAACAAAAGUAUGAGUAGCUGUAGAAUGCUAAGGCCUGAGUGCCUCUCAUUUCCUUAAUGACUAGACCCCAUGACAUACACUACCGUCACCACGACUUUCUAGGACCAUCACCACCUCUUGGAAUAGAGAUUAAAUUGAAGCUUUUAGAGCCCCUCUUAUAGGAUACAGACUUCCCCCAACCAUUGCGUCUGUUCACACCUCAGCUAAGUUCACUUACCUAAUUAGACAUUAUUUAAACAGUAUCUCAAUUGUUCCCAGGUUGAGGAAAAGAAUUUUCAUCUCUAAUCUUUUUCAACCCGCGUAUUCAACCUAAUUCUGAAGCAUAUCCUCGUUCUGUAAGCCUUUAAACAAGCUUCAGUUACUCAGAGAAUAUACUCUUGGGAGCUGAGAGUUACAGAAACACUUGAGGAUGCCAUAAGCAAUUUGAGAGGAGGAAGGAAACCAUGUGAACACCAGGUCUUUUCUCCCACAUUUCCUGAAGACCACAGAUGAAUCACAGGCAAGCAAAUGCCACCAGCUAUUCUGGCAGCACUGAAGGAAAACUUGGUGUCAGUGUCACCACCCGACAUUGCUUACAACUAAGACUUGCAGAAAGCAGCAGGCACAGAGUGGCAGACUUAGAAGGAUAGUCCUGGUAGGUGAAUUUCCCCUUUUUGGUGGUCGUACUAAAGAUGUUUUCCUUUUUUGAAAAAUAGAGAACCUUCCCAUGAAAUUAAGGGUGGGGUGUAAGUUUAUUGGGCAAAGAUAUUGGUAGGGAAACAUGCAUAUGUCUAAAGAGAUUUCUGGGGAAUAAAACGCCUACAAGUCAGGGAACUAGGUCACAUACAUUAUUAGUAAGUUAGAAAAUGAAAAAUCACAAGAGAGCAUUUGGGAUGUUUUAAGCAUAUCCAUGUUCUUUCUCACAUCCUUAGCUUAAGAUCCACUAAUUAGUAAUAAAUUUUCACUUCAGCAACCUGCAAGACAGGCCUUAACUUAGUGAAGACAAGAAAACAUUAAUGCUUUAUUAGAUUUAAUGGGACCACCAGGUUCAAAAAUUACAGAAAUUAGAGUGAAUGGAUACAGAGGUGGUGGGGGGCAUCAAAGCAGAUUUGUUUACAACAGCAGCCUAAUAGCGUGAUGUUGUAAUAUUUCUAUAACCUGGACUAGGAAGUGGCCAUGUUAAAUGAUAUAAUUGUUACUUUUACAACCUAAUGUGAAACAAUAAAGGCAGCCCCCUUCCCACACAUCCAUACAGAUGUCAAAGGCCUAAAUAAGAUGUUCCCGAUAGCUUUUUCAGAAGGACCUUAAUAUGUGUAUUAUUGUAAAAUGGAAAGCGUUAUUGUCAAAUGGUAAAGCAAAACGAGAGAGGGUAGACAAGUGGAAGGGAAAGAGAUGAGUUUUGCUCUCUUGUAAACCUUUUCCCUGAAGAACUGACUGCUAUUGGAAUUAAUUGGCCCUACAGACCGGAAGAACUAAACCAAGUGCCCACUUACCCGGUAUCCAACAUGCCAAAGUCACACUACUUUAUGCCAGUCAGGGGAGGAUGAUGAGGCGACAGCCUGGUAUCAUUGCCAAGGAACAUUCAAUAAUUUCUUUCUCCAAACCCCCAUGGUAAUGAAGCCUUCCUAACUGAUUCUCAGUUUCGAAACUCCCACCCUGGUGUGAAGUUCAUCAAGUGAGAAGUUUCCAGAGAAGAUUGCCACAGAGCUCGAGUGAAUGAACACCACCUAUGUUUCUGCUGUAUAUUCUCUAUUCCUAAUUUCAUCAAGAGACCCUGGCUUUAAAAUCAAAUGUGGCAAAAGAGGAAGCAGUCACGGGUUAACUAAGUGAGCUUCUAUUAUCAGCAUCAAGCUAUAUUACUCACACGUUACAACACUACAGGUCCAAGGUUUUUCAGCCUUCCGCACACCCACACACAACCACACACAAUACCUCCUACAUGCUUCCCACCUGCCAACUGCUUAAAUAACCAACAGGUCAUUUUUACUAAUGGCAUUUACUAAUGGCACAAAUGUGUAUUCAAAAGAACAAGACACCUUAAAAAUAUAUGCUUGUUAACUUGUAAAUUUUAGACAUCCAUUUUUUUUGUCUUCGACAUCAUUCCAUUAGUGUUUCACGUCUGAAUUUCUCUUCCUCUGCCACCUAUUGCCUCAUCACCCCCAUCCCUCCGAUCACUAAUAGAAACCAACCUUCACUGUUUUGAGGAAGUACUUCCAAGAGCUUUGGUUUGGGUGCAUUUCUUUCUGUUUCUAAUAGCAUCGAAACAUUGGACUGGAAAUUAUUUCAUCAAAUAGCCAUCCACAGAGUGGAUCUGCAUUUCAGUUUUUUGGGGAUAUUUUUUUGGGAUAUGAGUGGAUGUAGAAGGUACCUGAAGUUUCUUAAGUCCUAACAUGGCAGUGGGCAAGCUAGCCUCACACCUACAGGCUAAGAAUGGCUUCAGGACAGUGACUUAGUUCAUUGCUUCUGCUUCCACUGAAUAGCUUCGGUUGCCUUGAUGAACUUCUAAAGACUACAUGAACAAAGAGGUUCUUUUUUUAUUUUUAUUUAUAUAUAUAUAUAUAUAUAUAUAUAUAUAUAUAUAUAUUUCCCCGUUUUCUCCUGCCUCCCUCCACCCACUCCGGUUCAAGCCAUUGUUUCUCAGUCUAAUUGUGUAGCACACAGCUGUCACCGGCUGAGACACCCGCUCACGCCGGCCACUCUGACCCCCGGCAGCUCAUGGCAGCAUGUGGCCGCUCUCACCAGCUGCCGGCCAAAGACGGCUACCGGCCACUACACACUGACCACUGGCCAGUCAUGGCAGCACACGGUAGCCCAGGGCAGCACACUGCAGCUCGUGGCAGCCCAGCUCCAGGGACAGCUGUUGUUCACAAUCUUACCUGUAGAGAGUACAGCUCACUGGCCCAUGGGGGAUUCAAACCAGAGGCCUUCAGGGUUAGGAGCUCGGCGCUCCAACCGCCUGGGCCACCCGGCCAGCCCGAACAAAGAGGUUCUUAUCGUUCCUCCUUCAAUUCACUUGAAGUCAAUAUCCCUUUGCUGCCUAGUAAGUGCUAAGAGUUUUAUUUGGAAGGAGAAGUAUGAUGAUGACCUCAGUUGUAGCAUGAAGUUGCGACAUUACUAUCAUAAACAUGAAGUAUAAAUUCUACAAAAUUACAACUCAAAUUAUGUAACACAUUUAUAUAUUCAAUGAACAAAUACACAUUUCACCUACUUUACUUUCAUCUAUAAUUUUUGUUCAUCAUAUUGGUUAUUUUUGAGGAACCAAUUUAAACUUCCAAUUUUAACUACAUCUAUGCUGACAAUAGACUUUCAGGUAUGCAAUAUUCUUUCUAAAAAGUAAAAUAUAGUCCACUAUUAAUUGAACUUCCAUGAAGCAACAUUAAUUUUGGAGCACGGGAGUUGGCAAUCAGUAGCUCAUUGUAACAUAGUUUAUCCAAUGUGUAUGUUAGGGCUUGGUGAAGAUGUCCCAUGCCAUCCUUCAGACAGCGUGUGACAUUUGUGGGGCUAUAUAAACAUGUAUCCAUACUCUACCAAGCUAUCUCAAGGCUGAGGUAGUAGCUACAGGUGAAAAACUGAGAUAAAUCUUGUUUUAAAGUUACAACUAAAACCUUUCUAGACUAAAAAUUGUGCAUUAAUAAUUUCCACAUACUAUCGGAAUGCUCAAUCAGCUAUUUUUGUUGUGGCAUAUUGGGUGGUGGCCUAUCUUUCUGUCUGAAGAAUCCUCUCUCUCUACGUUAUAGUUUGCAUGACUGGAACUCUUUGUUCCUUUGUGUGUAGACUCACUUGGUGUGCUAUGUCAGGUUGCCACGUGAGCAACUAGACCCAUGUGGCCUUUCUCACCACCCACUGGAAGAUGCAACCUCCACAGCUCUGCUUAGCCUUGCCUGUUUGUGUAUACUUUCCGUGCUUUAAUAGUUUACCAGUAAAAUGCUGAAGUCUUGCUGAGGAGCUGAGCCAUUAGGGUCAGCUUUUUAGAGUCCUUUAUAGUUUAGGUGAAUUUUUACCAAAGCCAGUUAAAGACAUAAAUCUAGUUUCAAUUCUGGGGUGAAUUGAAACAAAUUGGGUAAAAGAUGAAGUUUCUGACCAGAACGAAAGCAUCUUUAUCCUUAUAGUGCACCUAAAGGGCUCCAAGUUCUAGAAAUGCAGUCUCCCUCAAGGGGGCAAAAACAGGUCUGAGGGAUUUAUCUAAACUCUAGCUACCUAUUGUUAUUGGUCUUUCAUAAAUAAAUAUAGAUUUUUCUUCUUGAAAACCUUUACAGAAAUGCUUGACACGCCAGUUAAAUAGUUCCCUUUGAGGGAUUAAAAUAUUUACAUGUGGGCCACACACAUAGUGUUGCCCCUCCCAAAACAUACACACGUGAACACACGGACACCUUUUUUACGAAGGAAAAUUUCCAUAUAUGGUGCUUUCUCAGUGCUAGGGAGAAGGAAGCUUUUGCUAUCUUUGAGCUGUAACUCACACUUUGUUUAGAAAGUUCCGCAAAAUAAAUUAUUCUCACUGAUUUGUGUGUUUGUGCACAUAAUUCCCAUUAAAAAGAGAGGAUAGGGAGAAAAUGCAUUUUGCAAACAUUCUAGACAAAAGAAAUUAUUUCAAAACCUCUGUCAGAGCUCAACUAUUAAGAUCAGACCAUCUAACUAGUGGACAAAUCAAAUUUUCCAUUUGCAGUUAUCUUUUCUACUUCCCGAUUUCUUUUUAUAAUUUCAGUGUUUUAAAGUACUAUCCUCACAGAAUGACAGGACCAAAAUAGGAAAUGACACUCAAGUUUCACCAUUUUCCUCCCAUCAGUACUAUUAUUGGUGGAGUUUCCACCAGUCAUUUCUCCUUGAAGUGAGGUUCGGGGUUACCUGUGUAUUUUAUUCACCUAUGUUCAUACUUUUCCUUCAUCGUGGACAAUUGAGAGUUGGCUGUGACUUUAGUUCUUAAUGGAAAUAUUUCCAUAUUCAUGUAUUUGGGGACCAGGCAUUGCUUAGGUUCCCAAAUGCUCUUCUUAAAGACAGAUGGCACAUGAGCCACCCACACUCAGCAUUUCAGGGAAGUGAGCAUGACUUACAUCUGUCGAGUGGCUCCAUACUCCGCAUAAAAAUGAGGUCUGGGGAUUGUUUGCUGUAUCAGUGUGACGGUUUUCCCUGUAUUGUCUCAGCAGCCCUCGGAUGUGUGCUGAAUGAAAGCGUCCUGUAAUUCCUGUUAAUAUAUUGUUAAUGUCAGACGUGAUGUGAUACCGUUGGACUGUCCAAAUGUACAACUACUUAAUGGUGUUUGUGGAACUGAACUGUCUUAAAUGUUGCAUGAAAUAUGUUAUAAAAAUAGAUUUGUUUUCUAUUUUUCAACACCUCAGAAUUGAGGGUUCAUGGGCCAAUAAGUGCAAUAUUUAAUGACUUACUCAGUGUAUAUAAACUAGUGUGAAAGACUGAAUUAUAAUGAAUGCGUGAGAUGCUGUGGAUGGCUGUGACUUAUUCAAAUUAUUUCUUGUAGCUGUAUUUGUCUAGUGGUGCAAUUUAUACAGUAAAUACCUUAUUGGUGUCAUGUGAAACUCUUCUGUGCCUACUUCAAAGUACUUUUUUCCCCCUCUAAGACCAAACAUUUAAUAUCUGCGAAUAUAUGUCAAUUUUGGCUUUUAGAAUUGUGAACUUUGUUUUCAAGAUAGAAUGAUUGUUAGUUUAUUUCAUAUAGGCAUUCCUUUGUUUAAAUUCUCCUUUAGCCUCUUUUAAGAGGCUAACGUAGAUACCUAAGAAAAUGUAAGCACAUAAGGAAAAGUCAUUUUUAUUCUUCUCAGAAAUGUUGAUCACAUGUUCUGCCAACUAAGAAUUUUCAACACUUGUAUUUGCAUGUAUAUUUUAUUGUAACUCAACCUUGUAUUUUGUUUGCAAAUUUAAUACUGUCAACCCUGGGAAUCCUAAGAUAUUGAUGUUUUUUAGGUCAUAGGUAAUGUUAUAUUCACUUCAAUUCUCAAUUGUCCACACCAGUGAGAGAAGAGAAACAAAAGUCAGACUCCGUAACUCACUUUGGUAUGUCAUCCUAAACUCGUGUAUUCACCCUCAGCCCCCCUUGUUAAUCUCACAGUUGGUGUCCUAAAACUUCACUGACAUGCAGAAUGAAGUCAUUAAGCCCUGUUGCUGGUUUACCAAAAACAGAGUUUAUGUAUAUGAAGUUUAAAUUAGGUCCAAUUACCUUAAACUAUUUGCGGGUUCAAUUCUUAAGGCAAAACAUUCAUUUAACGUUGUGCUUUGCCCUUUCCGUUAAUUAGCAGAGUAAAUCAUGAUACCCUUAGAAAGAAAAGUUGAGUUGUUCACUCAAAAUGAUGAGGAGCAAGCAGUUGCUUUUAGAUACCAUGGCCAUCUGUACAUCAUGUGAAGCCUUCAGUACUCUCUAUGGCAGUUGCCUGAAAUGGACAUGUGAGGAUGUGCCAAUCCUGUUAAAUGGCUUUGGGCUACCACCAGUGGUGCGUGCCCCUAUUUGAACUGUGAUAGCCUGAACUUUGUACUCAGCUCUCAAAUCCACUGAAGAAGUCAGGUGAAGGUGGAUGAAACAGAGAGAUUAGAGAUGACUUUGUGCCAAAUUAAAAAAAAAAAAAAUGUAAGCAGGAAGCCAACAUUAGAAUAAGAAUUUCAGAGUGUGUGUAAAUGUUUAGUUAGUCAUUACACAGUUAUUGAAUACCAUGUGCUCAGUGCUGUGGGAAUCAAAGAUGGAAGAGGUAUGGCUCCGGCCGCUAAUAAGCUUAAUGACUGAAGCAGGAGGGAAAAAAGCCAGGAUACAAUCUAAAUGCUAAGUUAUGUCAGGAUAUAGGAGCACAGAGAAUGGGGGACCUAUAGGAACUGGAAAAGUCAAGAAUGGCUCCACUAAGAAGUCAGAGGUGAUCCCAGAAAAAAAUUAGAUAUGAGGAUUGUGCCAAGCAAAUGUGUGGGAAAAGUCACAGAAUGUUACCUGUCAAUGGAAGGGUGACAGAGCUGCCAUCGAUAAAUCAUUGUUUUUCUCCAGAGAGCAAACUGGUCCUCUGAAACCCAUCAAAUUAUCCUAGUUUGUUUCUCUUUUUGUCCCCAUGAGGAAGACAAGCUGCAGCAACAUCAUAUUUCUCUGUGCUGAGCAGCCCCAGACUUGGCCACAAAACACAAAUUCCUUUAAAGCCACAUUAGAACAGUCGAUUUAGACAUUUUGCCCAUGUACCAAACCACAAGACAUUGUUUAAUCCAAUGUCAACCAGGCGGAUGUGUACCCAGAGAUGUUCCUGUAGUUUCAUGUUUCCCAUAAAAGGCGUUGGGAAGUGCACAGAUGAACACCUUCCUUUGCAACCCGGCACGUUCCUCCCUUUCUCAGUGACUGCACUGUGGAGAUCUUCUUGAGAAAAUAUUGAAUAACAGCUUCAUGCUUUUAUAUAGUGAUCAUGAUGUGUAGCUGAAAACUACUGCUGUGCAGCAAAUAUCGUGACUCUUCAUGUGUCCACAGGAGCUCUUGUCUGGGUUUAAAGCUAUAAAGUGUAUUCACAUUGUGAAGUUUUAAUUCUCCUUAUUGAAAUUAAUUGUGUAAAAACUGUAUGUGCUCUACUAGGUAUUAAGUUUGUAUGUGAAUUCUGUAUAGAAAGUGGUUUUUGUUCUUUGGGUUUAUCUUGUUUUAUUUUUUAGAGAUUACAAUAAAUAUCUAAGAGACUAUAUUCCGGAAUUUCUCCGCCUUAGU